AUGUCCUCCUCUUUUGAUCCCAAAAGGGUGGUGAAAGGUAUCAUCAAUGUUCUACCGGUUUUGAGCGGAGAGUUAGCCGAAGUCAUCAAUCUAGAAGUUAUAAAAAAGUGGAUCGACAGUAUCACUCAUUAUUCUGAAACACAGUUUAUACUGGAACUUGUUGCUGCUGAUCUUGACUUGUCAUGUAAAGAGAAGGAGACGGUGAAGGCGAAUACCACUUAUGUUGGAUUCGAUGAUGAGAGUAAAAUGUUCAUAUACAAGUGUGAGUUUGAGGUUCCUGAGGAAUUUGGGGAGAUAGGGGCGUUGUUGAUAGAGAAUGAGCAUCAUAGAGAAAGGUAUAUCAAGAACAUAGUUCUUGAUGAUGGCAACGUCGUCUUUUCUUGUGAAUCUUGGAUUCACUCGAAACAUGAUGAUCCCAAUAAAAGAAUCUUCUUCACGGACAAGUCAUAUCUACCAUCGGAAACGCCGGCAGGGUUGAAGUAUUUAAGGGAGGAAGAUCUACUGUCCCUUCGAGGCAAGGAUAAAAAAGAACGCAAAUCAUUUGAGAGGAUAUACGAUUACGAUACGUAUAACGAUCUCGGUGAUCCCGAUAGUAGCUCUGAUCUGGCUCGACCGAUGCUCGGUGGCAAGGAACAUCCUUACCCUAGGCGUUGUCGAACUGGUCGUGCAAUGACCGAGAAAGAACCCUGGUCGGAGUCGAGGAAAAGGCUCCACUUUUAUAAUCAGUUUUAUGUGCCGAGAGAUGAAUCGUUUUCAGAUAGAAAGGUGGUAACAUUCGGGACAAUGGAGAUCUUGUUCUCCGUACUGGAAGCACUUAAAGCAUCGCUACACAUAUUUAGUAACGCGAACCAGCAGUUUUUAUCAAUCACGGACAGCAUCGAGCUGGAAUUUUCAUUCAUUGAGUCAUCCAUUGAAAAAGUUCUCACGUAUAUAUUUGAUAAAUGGGCUGACUUGAAUCAUCUUGAAAACGUUAUUAAAGUUGUGGUACCAAGGUUUUUCAGAGAUCUUUACGGUAGUGUCAAAACUGUAGCACACAUAGAUGGUGCUCGAAGAAAGGACAAGAUAUCAUUUAGUUGGUUUCGAGAUGAUGAAUUUUGUCGACAAACACUUGCUGGAAUCAAUCCAUAUAGCAUACAGUUGGUCACGGAAUGGCCGUUGAUAAGCAAACUAGACCCUGAAGUUUACGGACCAGCUGAAUCAGCAAUUACCAAAGAAAUUGUUGAGAAAGAAAUUAAUAAGCAAGGUAUCAGAGGUUUCAUGACUCUUGAGGAGGCAUUGAAACAGAAGAAGCUAUUUUUGUUGGAUUACCAUGAUCUGCUCUUACCUUAUGUAAAUGAAGUAAGAGAGCUUAAAGGGACGACUCUCUAUGGUUCAAGGACGUUAAUGUUCCUCACAGCUACUGGAACAUUGAAACCGGUAGCCAUUGAGUUGACUCGCCCACCAAACAAGGAGAAACCACAGUGGAGACAUGUGUACAUACCCUCCUCGAAUCCUAAAGAUGUUACUAUAGAAGCCUGGCUCUGGAAGCUAGCCAAGGCUCAUGUCCUUGCUCAUGAUUCUGGUUAUCACCAGCUUAUCAGCCACUGGCUCAGAACUCAUUGCGUUACAGAGCCUUACAUAAUUGCUACCCACCGUUGCCUUAGCAAAAUGCACCCUAUACAGAGACUACUGUUUCCUCAUCUUCGAUACACGAUGCAGAUUAAUAGCCUAGCUCGACUAUUCCUCAUUAAUGCCGGUGGUAUUAUUGAGUCUACCUUCUUUCCAGGCAAAUACUCCAUGCAACUUUCCUCUGAUGUAUAUGCUCAACAAUGGCGAUUUGAUCAUGAGGCACUUCCAGCUGACCUAAUUAAUCGGGGAAUGGCUGUUGAAGAUUCAAGUGCACUACAUGGUAUAAAACUAAUAAUUGAAGACUACCCAUUUGCCAAUGAUGGUCUAAUUCUCUGGGAUGCCAUCAAACAGUGGGCUACUUCCUAUGUCAACCACUACUACCCACAAGCAGACCUUGUAGAGUCUGAUGAAGAGCUUCAAGCUUGGUGGACUGAAAUCCGAACAGUCGGGCAUGGAGACAAGAAGGACGAACCAUGGUGGCCUCAACUCAAAACCCAACAAGAUUUGGUUGGAGUUGUCACAACAAUCAUGUGGGUGACUUCCGGCCACCAUUCAGCCGUCAACUUUGGUCAGUAUACUGCUGCUUAUUCCCCCCCAAGGCCAACCAUUGCCAGAACUAAAAUGCCCAACGAAGAUUCAACAACUGAAGAGUGGGAGAAAGCAUUCCUAAAGAAUCCCGAGCAUGAACUAGGGAACUGCUUCCCGUCCAAAGAUCAAUCUAAGAAAGUAAAGUCCACUUUAGACGUUUUGUCAAGUCAUUCUCCAGACGAGGAGUACAUCGGCGUUAACAUGGAGCCUGCAUGGGAGACAGAGCCGAUUAUAAAUACCGCGUUCGAAGUGUUCCGUGGAAGUUUAAAGAAUCUUGAAGAUACCAUAGACUCGAGGAACAGUGAUCCCAAUCUGCACAACAGAAUUGGAAAAGGGUCGGUGCCGUAUCAGCUUCUCAAACCAAAAUCUGAAGCUGGGGUGACCGGAAAAGGUGUUCCGUACAGCAUCUCCAUCUGAUUUAACUUGCAUUCGGCCAUCUUUGUUGAAGUAAUAAAAAAGGCAACCUUGUCUGAUUUGUGUUGGAAUAAUUGAGCCGUUGCUGUUUGAUUUGGUCUUUGUUUAUAGGGGCAAGUCUUUUCUUUUGAUGUUGUUCGAGCAUAUUUCCCUUUUCUGU